CAUGAUCAGCUGAUGACUUCCCCUCUCUCUUGAUGGGUAUAGGAUUUUCAUCCUUCGCUCUUCCCAUUCACAAGACUGAAGGAUCGAUAUCCUUCUACCCUUUAUUCAUUAGCUAGUAUUUGUAGAAUAAUUAGAUUGUACAUACGAUCUUGUAUCUAAUAAGUCAGCUAAAGUGGCGCUUUUAUUGGACUGCAUUAUGAACGGACACGCUAUUCUCUACACCGGGGUCACUUUGGCCUUCUGGAGUACAAUUCUCAUCGUAGGAAUAUGUUACACAAUAUUUGACCUGGGAUUUCGCUUUGAUGUUGCAUGGUUUUUGACAGAAACCUCUCCGUUUAUGUGGGCAAGCCUUGGGAUUGGCUUGGCCAUAUCUCUCUCUGUCGUUGGGGCAGCCUGGGGCAUUUACAUUACUGGAUCCAGCAUCAUUGGUGGUGGUGUUAAGGCCCCUAGAAUAAAAACCAAGAAUCUUGUCAGCAUCAUUUUCUGUGAAGCUGUUGCCAUUUAUGGAAUUAUUAUGGCUAUUGUCAUUAGCAACAUGGCAGAGAACUUCAGUGGCACCACACCAGAGACCAUUGGAGCAAGGAACUACCAAGCAGGUUACUCAAUGUUUGGUGCUGGUCUUACUGUCGGUUUCUCAAACCUCUUCUGUGGCAUCUGUGUUGGCAUCGUUGGAAGCGGGGCUGCCUUGGCAGAUGCUCAGAAUGGCAGUCUCUUUGUCAAAAUCCUCAUUGUGGAAAUCUUCGGCAGUGCCAUCGGUCUUUUUGGAGUCAUUGUGGCCAUCUUGCAGACAUCAAAAGUAAAAAUGGGAGACUAGACACAAGGUGAUUGGGAGGUCCCAAGGAAGACAGAAGCUGCAGAGGUGCAAAAGAUGGAAUGUGUAAAUACAUAGUACAUUAUUUAAAUGUUAUUUUUCUUCUCUUUGUGAUUUAUUUUUGUUUGUACAUUUUUAACCAUCAUUUGCUGAAGAGUGAUAUGUUUGCGUCUAAUUGUCUUGAAAGAGUGCAAAAUCUGGGUAAUCUACUGGUCCUAGGGACAGAAUCCAUUUCCAAAUCUGAACCAAUGAAUUAAUUGACUGCAAAUAAAUAACCAUCCUCUAUGUGUAAGAUUAAUAUGGCAAGAUAUUAAAGGGGUGAAAAUUGCUAUAUAUUUUUAAUGUGAGAACUACUUGAAAUAAACACUCAGUCUGCAUGAUCUUUCAUUUGAAAGUUAAAUGGAAUGUCUUAUGAUAACUUGCUCUUUAAGUCUAUUCGGGUAAGAAUAUAUAUAUCUAUAUAUAUAUGAUGGUACAUAUGUGAGAAUUUCAUGUUCAUUGUUUAAUUUACUGUAUGUGGUGUUCUGUACUAUAUAUGAAAGUGAGAGGUGCAACAAAGUAGUGAUCCUGUUGGAUGGUGUAAAAUACAGUAUUCAGUUGUUCCAUUGUAUGCAUAAAUGUGAUGACAAAGCAAAUACUGUUCUAAGUCAGUAACCCAACAGUUGUUUCCAGCUCCCUGAGCAACUUCCAUCUUUCUUAUAUUAUGUAGUGUACUCAUCUGUGCUUGGUAGUAGUAGAAAAAGACCAGUG